GGUGAGAGCCACUUCAUGCAACAGAGCAUAAAUCAUCAGAUGGCUGGAUUUUCCCUUUAUUGUCUCAGAAACUGUUUUCUGGUUUUCCCUCUUCUUGUACAUUUUUGUCAGUCUCGGUUAAUUGGUCCAACUCAGCCAAUUAUUGCAACAGCUGGGAAAGACAUAACUUUGCCAUGUCACCUGGUACCUGGAGAAAAUGUUGCUGUGAUGACUUCGGAGUGGACAAGACCCGACCUGGACCCCAGAUUUGUAUUUCUGUGGCGUGCAGGUCAGGACCUCAUAUAUAUGAAAAAUCCAUCCUACAUAGGUCGAUCAUCAUUGUUCACUGAUGAGCUGAAACAUGGAAACAUUUCACUGAAACUAUCCAAAGUAAAACCUGCAGACCAGGGCAGAUACAGAUGUUACAUCCCAGAGAAGGAUGAAGAAGUUUUUAUUGAUCUUGUGGUUGCGUCAGGUGCUGUCUCCUCACCUGUCAUCAGCUUAGCAAACCUUGAUAAAGCCAUCAGUGGAGUGGUGUUACAGUGUGAGUCUGCAGGCUGGUAUCCAGAGCCUGAGCUGCUGUGGUUGGACGCUGAGGGAAACCUCCUCUCUGCUGGACCUACAGAGACCCUCAGAGGUCCUGAUGACCUCUAUACUGUCAGCAGCAGAGUGACUGUGGAGAAGAGACACAGCAACAACAUCACCUGCAGAGUCCAACAGAGGAACACCAACCAGAGCAGAGAGAUACACAUACAUGUUCCAGAUGAAUACUUCCAGCUCAACUCCAGUUCUGCUGCUCCCAUUAUCAUUGGUGUUGUUGUUAGUUUGGCUCUAAGCAUCAUCUUGAUUUUAAUUGGAGUUUUUUUCAUCUGGAGACGAAACAAAACAAAUGUCAGGAAACCUCACUGCUUACGAAAAAAACAAGAAACAACAAAAACUGAACCAGACCAAGAGCAGGAGACACUCAUGACACAGGACAUCGAGCCAUCUGGAGGCUCAUCAGCUCUCAAAAAACAUCAGCAACUGAUGGAGAAAAACAUGAAAGAGGAGGAAUCCAGUAAAACAGAGGUUAGCAGAAAUAUUUAUAGAAACACAAAUCCUCAGCUUGCUCUCAUAUUCAGUGAUAUUAUUGGAGUUCAGGGUCAGUCAGAGUUGGAGAAAAAACAUGCAGCUGAGGAGAAGCUGAAGGAGGAACAUCAUCACCUGCAGAAGAAACAUGCAGAGAUCAGCAACAUGAAGAAAGAAGAGGAAAACCAGGAAGCUGACAAGAUGUUGGAAGAUGAUAAAAAACAGGAAUUUCAGCAGGAGGCAAAACAACCAGAUGUCACAGGAGUGGAGAGGCCCCAGAAAACCCCAGAGCAUGAGACCCCCAAAAGGACAAACGCACGCACAUUUGUGGCCACGAAUCAGACAAGAGCAAAAGAGAGCGCUGGAUGGAGACACCCAGCAGGCACAGAGCAGAAGCCCCAGGAGUCUACGUUUACGAGCUCACAGGCUCAGCCAGCAGCCGACUGCACCACAGCAGACCGACCUCUGAGCCCAGAGACCCAGGAUCCAAGGGCCCCCCACACCCCAACAGGGGCCCUUCAGGGCCAGGGGGGCCAAACCCGACCAAGCAGCUACCAGGAGGAAAACCAGGAAGCUGACAAAAAGUUGAAGGAGGAUGAAAAACAGGAUUUCCAGCAGCAGGAGAAAAAAACACCCACUAAGGAAUUUUGGAAACAGUUUAACUGCAUUUAG